CACAACACAGUGGUGUACACAUCUCAGCGUAGUCCUUGUCAAAGCAUGUUAGCAACUCUUACUGAAUGAAAAUCGAAUACAACAAGAUUAGCAACACCAUUUAUAUCAUACGUCAGAUAUGUCGUUCUACAGAAAUGCCGUUUGGUUUGUCAAAGGACUUCAGGAAUAUACCAAAAGUGGAUAUGAAGCUGCAGCAAAGCAUUUUAUCCCAGGGGAUCUGGAAGUGAACCUGAGCGGAAGGUCCUUCAUGAUCACUGGAGCUAACAGUGGCAUUGGGAAAGCGGCUGCACAUGAAAUAGCCAAAAGAGGAGGGACAGUUCACCUGGUGUGUCGAAACAAGGGGAGAGCAGAGACUGCCAAAGAUGAGAUUGUGGAGCAGAGUAAAAACCAGAAUGUGUUUGUUCACAUCGUGGACAUGUCUAACGCGAGGCAGGUGUGGGAGUUUGUGCAGAGCUUCUCUCAAAGCAACAGUGUUAAUGUACUGAUCAACAAUGCUGGCUGUAUGGUGAACCAGAGAGAACUGACAGAGGAAGGGAUUGAGAAAAACUUUGCCACAAAUACACUCGGAACAUACAUCCUCACCAUGGCUCUGAUACCAACCCUGAAACAGGCUGAAGACCCCCGAGUGGUCACAGUGUCUUCAGGAGGCAUGCUGGUGCAGAAGAUGACCGUGGAGGACCUGCAGUCUGAGAAGGGGACGUUUGACGGCACGAUGGUCUACGCCCAGAACAAAAGACAGCAGGUGGUUCUGACGGAGAGGUGGGCUUCCCAAUACAAAGAGAUCCACUUCUCAUCUAUGCACCCUGGCUGGGCAGACACACCAGCCGUCCAGUUGUCCAUGCCUGAUUUCCAUGCCAAGAUGAAGAACAAGCUGCGGACGGAGGCGAUGGGGGCAGACACCGUAGUGUGGCUGUCUGUGUCACCCACGGCAGCCAAGCAGCCCAGUGGACUGUUCUUCCAGGACCGCAAGCCCGUCGCCACGCACCUUCCCCUGGCCUCCUCCAGGUCCUCCAGCGCAGAUGAGGAGAAGCUACUGGAAGUCCUGGAUCAGCUCGCCCUAAAGUUUAAACCCUGAUCUCUCCCCAUUGAGUCCUGGGGAGACACCCUCAGACCCUGGUCGUGGAGGGCCCCCCCUUGUCCGGGGGGUCCUCCCCCGGUCCAGGGGGCAUCAUAGGGAGGGGAGGAAGAGACGACUCCCUUCCAUCUCAGUGGAGGAGUUGGAGGCUCCUUCCCAGAAAGAAGCUCACUGCGGUGUUAAACCCAAACACGUACUGUGUACUUCCAAUAACAACAUCCAAAGAUGUAUGUGGCCACACUGACACUCCUAACUACAACUGCAUGUCAUGAUGUACACAGUUACAGGAUGAAACCUGGGUUGAUCAUUUUUUAUAAUAAAUUAACGGUACUUUCAUAUAUUUGUAAAUAAUUGAAGUGCAUUUAGUUUACCACAGUAUAGGCAGAUAUGGGAUGGUAAAAAUAUGAUAUAGGAAUAUCAAAUGCAUCUCAGUUGCAACCUGUAUUUCAACCACUUUCUGUAGACAUGUCAUUUUAAGCAUUUUUAUUGAACCCUUAAUAAUGUAAAAUCUAUUGUGCUUUUGUGUACUUUUGAACGUAUACAAA